AUGCCUCCAGAAAAAAUUGAUCAUGCUUUAGUACACAAUGAUAUAACUAAUAAUCUGGAAAUCAUACAUAUAAAGAAAAUAGCUGGAUUUCUCAAAACACCAUUGCAUUCUAAAGAUUUUGAUAAAAAUAUAGCCUACUAUUCUUUGGAUGACAACAAAAGGAUGAAUGAAAUUUUCGUGUUAGAAGUAGGAAGUAAAUUAUCUAUGGACAAUGCAAUAAAACAAUUGGAAGAGACUAUAAUUUCACAUGCUAUUGUCGAUUUUACAACUGAACAAAUAAUUAGAGUUAUUAACAUUAAUGAUUUACAAAUAGAUCCAAAGCCUAAGCAUAAGCUUCAAUUCUACGAUAAAAAAAUUUAUCAAGCUAAAGGAAUCAGCAGUGAUUUUUCAGAUGUGAUUAUCUAUGCCUUAGGGAGUGAAGAGGAAAUGCGCACAAAGUGUCAGUCUAUUGAGAAUAAUUCUUUUGCUUUAGUUUAUAUUAUUGAUCAAGAUAUAAUUAGAGUAGUUGCAGUGUCAGCCAUAGAAGAAUAUCAAGUCUCGCCUCCCAAAAGUUUAUCAGAUUUCAACCUUGAAAUAACAUACAAUUAUAUAGAGGCGUCUGAAGACAGAUCCAUGCACGUUCAAGUUCUGCAGUUAGGAAAUUUUCCCAAUUGUGCAAAGCUAAUAGAUGAGUACAACAAACUAACACAUGCCCUGAUUAUGUGGAAAAACAGGAAGAAUGCAAAAGAUAUUAUUCCAAUUGCAGAUAUAAAGGAAUUUGAAGACCAGUAUCCAGAACAUUCUACUGAUUUCGAUAAAUACAGACCAUAUUCAGGUUUAUUGACAGGAUCAAAAAGAUACGCUGCUAUACAAAUUGUUUCAUUUGGUCAUCCUGUGAUUCUCAAGUUUUUAAAAAAUAAUUCCACGAAAAGAUUAAAAGCCACCAAAUUUAGUGUAAGUUUGAUUGAAGCAUGCAAUCAUUCUGCUUCAGGCAGUGAUCAAGAAAAAAACAGUGAAAGUUCUGAUUCAGUACUGAGGUCCAACAACGAUGAAAUAAAUCAUAAUAAACAUAGACGUAAAAAAUACAAAAAGAAAAACAGUAGACUCAUUCAACGUUCAUCAAAAGAAAAAGAAGAAUUUACAAGAAAAAAGGAGUUAUUUUUGAAAAAUAAUAAACAAAAUCCAAAUACUCACCAGUCACCAGAUUCUGAGAGUGAAAUGUUAGUGGAACAGAUUGAAAAUAUAAACGAUAAUCCUGAGUUAUCACAAAAUAGUGAAAUUAUUUCUAGUUCAAACAAUAGACAAUCUCUCGCUCCUUUAAACGCAGCAAAUAUAGAUUUCAAUGGAGGGCAUAGUUCGACUCUUUCUACUUUGACCAGGGGUAAUAAUUUUCAAAGUAGGAGCCUUCUUCCUAAAAAUACUUCAUCAAAGCCACGUUCACACCAAAGAAGAUAUUCUCGUGCAAGAAACUGUAGUUCAGAAGAAGAAAAUAAAUGUGGUCAACGUGAAGGCAGAUCAACUCAAAGAGUUAGAAAAAGACUUAGGAAAAACCAGUCUGUCAAAGCUUCGAUUUUCAAUGGAAUUAUUCAUGAUGCUUCAUCAGAUAGUAGUACUGGUUCUACUGAGGAAUACAGCAUGUUUGAACGCAUCAAAGAAGUCGAUAAUGAAUCUAAAGAGAUCAUCUACAUCCAUAUUGGUUACAAUUUGAAAAUUCCAUACCAAGAUUGGAAAGAUGCUAAACGUGAUUCUACGGACGAUUAUUCACUUGUUCAGAAAAUUUGCAGAAGUUUAUUUGGUAAAGACAUUGUUGGAAUUUAUUUACAAAAAAAGUCUUACAUAAGAGUGGUUGAAGGGCGCCCAAGAAGACCGAUAACAGAACCUGAAAAAAAAGCAAUUACAAAAUGCCUCCGAUAUUUUAUUCUUCACCAAGCUCCUGAAUUAUUAAAGGAACGUCCACUGCGCGAUAUCAUUCAUCGUAAAAACAUUCGUAAGAUAUUGUCAGUUGAACUAAAUCAUCAAUUUGAUAAAUUUCAAGUGGAACAUUUCAACCUACGUUUUAUCUAA